GAGUUUUGUAGAAUUGAAAUUACGUCGGAACCGUCCGAAAUAUGAAAGAUAACGGUACGAUAAUCAAAUUUUUAUACGUUUCGGUUCAGCGACGUACCUAAACCAUCAGCAACAUAGGCGAUGGGAAUAUCAAUUGAUUGUCGUAUUUGAUAUACUGACCGUGUGUACUCAGUCAAUCAGUCAGAGUCAGUCAGUCAGUCCUUGACUUCGUCGAACGCGAACUCGUUUGAAAAUAAGCCAACCAAAAAAGUAUAUAGUGCAUACAUUCGCUAUCGAAAUAGAAGAAGUGUCUUCGAAAACAAGAAAGAAGGAUCUGCAGAAUUUGGUGUUUAGAAAUUUUAACAAAAAAUAUCUUCGAAUCUAUCUUUAAUAGAAGAUGAAGGGCAAGCAGGAGGAUAAACCGCAGACCUCCAAAAUGUCAUAUUAUAGUGACGCAGAAGAUUCCAUUCAAUCCCUGAAUGAUCAUGAUAUUGGUCUGAGGAAAAGAAAAGCCUGGGAUCCAGAUACUGAAUCAAUCACAUCGGAAAUCAAAGAUUUGCUUGAGGAGGAUGUCAACUCAUUGGUUGAGGAGGAUUGUGUUGGUUGCCCAUUGCCCUCAACACCAGAGGAUGAGAACAUUCUGGAUUCAGAAAUGAGUGAUGUGUUGAAGGCGGCAGUCUUAGGUACAGGUGAUGAGCUGGACAUCUCUGCUCUGGCCCACAAUGCAGCCGGACAGGCGGAAGUCGUCGUGAGGAAGCUCAUUCAGGUCGGUUGGAAGGUUUGCCAUUUCAACCAUCUACCCGCUUGGCUGCAGGACAACGAUUUUCUAACGUACGGCCAUAGACCGCCGCUGCCUUCGUUCCGCGCCUGCUUCAAGUCUAUCUUCAGGUUGCACACGGAGACGGCUAACAUUUGGACGCAUCUGCUGGGAUGCGUUGCUUUCAUAGGUAUCGCAAUUUACUUCCUGAUGCGUCCGUCGAUUGAAAUCGAAAUGCAGGAGAAGAUCGUGUUUGGAGCGUUCUUCGCCGGAGCCAUCAUCUGCCUGGGAUUCUCAUUCAUCUUCCACACGGUUAACUGUCACUCGCAGUUUAUUGGGAAGCUGUUUUCGAAGUUGGACUACUGUGGCAUCGCUCUCCUUAUCAUGGGCUCAUUCGUUCCAUGGCUCUACUACGGUUUCUACUGCCACUUCCGACCGAAGGUGGUCUAUUUGAGCGUGGUAUGCGCACUCGGCAUCACCAGCAUCAUGGUUAGCCUGUGGGACAAGUUCUCCGAAUCGGCAUGGAGGCCGUUCCGCGCUGGCGUCUUUAUGACCUUCGGCCUAUCUGGUAUCGUGCCGGCUAUCCAUUAUGGUCUCGUCGAGGGAUGGUUCAAUAACCUGAGCCAGAAGAGCCUCGGAUGGCUCGUCCUCAUGGGCCUCUUGUACAUCGUCGGCGCCAUGCUAUACGCCCUGCGAGUCCCCGAACGCUUCUUCCCCGGCAAAUGUGACAUCUGGUUCCAUUCUCAUCAGAUCUUUCACGUUUUUGUGCUGGGCGGAGCUUUCGUGCAUUACCACGGUAUCUCGGAGAUGGCUACACAUCGCGUCACGAUUGGUCAAUGCGAAAUCCCCGACACGCCCGUAUAUUAACCACACCCAUUUUUAUAUAUACAUACACUUAUAUAUAAAGAGAAUAACCUCUAUUAUUAUAUUAUAAAUCAAUUUGUAGUUCGUACAUCAUUUUUAUUUUCAGAAUUUUUUUUUUUUAUUUUAUUUUUUUUAUUAAACUGUUACGCAUACAUUUACUUACACACUCAUAUUAUAUAUAUAUAUACCAAAGUUUUUAUUCUCUCUUUAAUUUAACAUUAUAAUUAUUAUUAUUAUAGUAGGUACUGUGUUUAAUUAGAACUGGGUACAGGAUUUUAUCGAAA